GCUUGAUUCUUCCCGGCGGCCCCUUUCUCCUGUCAAGCGACGGGCAGCCGAGAUGGCGGCAGCGGCCGGCGGGGCGUCGCGGUGUCGCGGGGCCACCAGUUUCCAGCGGAAGGCCGCGGCCGGCAGCCGCUUGGCCACUGUGGCGGGCACCCGGCCCUCCGUGCGCCACGGGCAGCUGCUGCUCUCCAGCGGGCUCCCCUCCCUGGACUGUGUUCUAGGUGGAGGCAUAGCUGUUGGAACCCUUCUUCUUAUUGAGGAAGAUAAAUAUGCUCUUUACUCCAAUUUGCUGUUCAAGUAUUUUCUCGCAGAGGGAGUUGUCUGUGGACAUGACUUGUUUGUUGCUUCUGCUAAAGAGCAUCCUGACAGCAUCUUAAAGGAGCUUCCAGCCCCUUUGCUUGAUGAGCAAAGAAAUGAACUGGGAGAAGAAGCAACAUCUGUUAAGUCUGAAGAUUUUCAGGAUUCUAUGAAAAUAGCCUGGCGCUACCAAAAUUUACCAAAAAUGGAGGCCAGCCCAACAACAUCUACGAAGUUUGGUCAUUAUUAUGAUAUAUCCAAAACAAUGUCUCCAGAACUGUUUCAGUCAAUAAAAUGGCACAGUUUUUACCUUCCUGAAGAAUUGUCUUUACAGUGUACAGUGAAAACAUGUAAUAUGAACAGUGCUUAUGGAAGGCUGCUUCUGUCCAUUCAGAGGGUCAUUUGCCAGCAAGGGUUUGAUGGCUCCGAUCCCCAGAAAAAACAAAAGAAUAUUUUGCGGAUAGGAAUUCAGAGUCUGGGCUCUUUGUUGUGGGGUGAUGACAUUUGUUGCAGUGAUACUCCUGAAGAUAUUCAUAGCCUUACAAAAUUCCUGUAUGUUCUCCGUGGCCUCCUCAGAAAAUCUUUGUCAGCCUGUAUCAUUACAAUACCUGCUCACCUUAUCGAGAAUAAAGCAAUUAUGGAACGUGUAACAAACUUGUCAGAUACGGUAGUUGGUCUUGAAUCAUUUAUUGGCUCAGAGAGAGAAACCAAUCCAUUAUACAAGGACUACCAUGGUUUGGUUCAUGUGCGUCAGAUUCCUCGGCUUAAUGGCUUGAGCUGUGAUGUGUCAGACACGAAGGAUCUUGCUUUUAGAUUAAAAAGGAAGCUGUUCACCAUUGAGCAGGCUACAAACUGAAACCGCCAAACUCAGCAAGGAAACAAUAGAUUCAUCCCGGUGAAGACAUUCCCAAUUCAGCACAAGAACCUGAUCUUCUCAGAAUUGUGACACACAGUCAAGAAAGCAGUUAAUGAAAUUUAAAACAUUGUGUCUUUAAUAUGUCAAAUAGGAACUCUUUAUAUAAUUUCUGUUGUGUUGAGGUUUUCAAAAUAUAAGUAUUGGGAACAUGAAUAAUAUUAUGAUGGAUUAAGUCUUCUUCACUGUUUGUAAAGAGAUUUCAGAAGCAAUUUCAAGAUGCAGCUGAAUUCAAUUUUCUGUAAUGGCAGCUACAAGCAUUUGAAAAUGGGCAUUCAGCCACUUCAGAUUUGAUAUGCAUGGUAGUACGCACUGUAAAUCUAAUGUAAAAUAGCGAUGUUGCUCCAAAGACAGCUUUUGGAAAAGUACAAAAGUCUAACUUACAAAAAUCCUUUACUGUGCCAGUAUUGGAAAGUGAGCUAUUCAUGAAGUUUUUCUGAACCCACAAGGUUGUAACGCACUGUUUAAAAAAAUAUAUACAUUACAAGAAUU